CAGACUGAUCGCCACCACGUGAAUGUGAGCUACCCUAGAACUCGGUGUUAAAGGAGACCAUUCGGCGUGUUUCUUUUUUAGCGAUUCUUUAUUCGCCUUGCGCCACACGUGCGCUUAAUUAGCUUUUCGGUGCUGAAUAGCGAGAACCUUGCGAGUUGACAGGAAUGCGAGACGGAAGCGGGUCGCGUGCACCUUGCCCACGGACGGGUGUUCCACUGUCGUAGCGCGAGGGAUACCGUCGCAGCUGGCGGACACGCGGGGAAGAUGCUGUUCUUCCAGUCUGUUCUAAGGAGACUCUAUAAAGCCCAUGCUUUGGAGAGGACAGCAGCCAUGCUCUGUGGACUGAAGAAAGAUGUGAAAAAGCACAGCACCGAUGAUGGCUCAUAUUCCAAGACAGGCAAGGAUUCUGGGGGGCCGGACCAUGCCCUGUCGCCACGGAAACACAGCGUCCCAGAACUUCGGGGCGUCACGACCGUGGAGCUGAUGAAGAAGGAGGGGGGCACCCUGGGACUCACCAUCUCUGGGGGGUCUGACAAAGACGGGACGCCGCGUGUGUCCAACCUGCGCCCGGGUGGGCUGGCCGCCAGGAGUGACCAGCUGAACGUGGGAGACUACAUAAAGUCUGUGAACGGCAUUAACCUGUCCAAGCUGCGGCAUGAGGAGAUCAUCGGCCUGCUGAGGAACGUGGGCGAGCGCGUGGUGCUCCAGGUGGAGUACGAUCUGCCCCCUGCUGCCACAGACGGGUCCCAGGGUCUCAUCCCAAAGACGGUGGACAUUCGGCUGCAGAAAGAGGGGAAGAGCUUUGGUUUUGUGCUGAGAGGAGGCUCUCAUGAAGAUUGGCAAAGGUCACGCCCCCUAGUGGUGACUUAUGUGAGGCCAGGUGGACCAGCAGACAGAGAGGGCACUCUAAAAGCGGGGGACCGUGUGCUGAGGGUGGAUGGGGUCCCCCUGCACAGUGCCAGCCUGGCUGAUGCUCUGACGGUGCUGGGCCAGUGUGGACAGGAAGCUCUGUUCCACAUCGAGUAUGAUGUCACUGUCCAGGACUCGGUGAGCAGUUCCUCGGGGCCCCUGAUGGUGGCGAUAUCUCGGACCCCAGGGGCAGCGCUGGGGGUCGGCCUGGCGACAGCCACCCACAGGGCCAAGCAGGUGAUCGUCAUCGAGAAGAUCAAACCGGCCAGUGUGGUGGACAGGUGCGGGGCGUUGCGUGUGGGGGACCACCUCCUGUCCAUCGACGGGACGAGCACGGAGCACUGCUCCCUCCUGGAGGCCAAUCAGCUGCUGGCCAGCACCGGCGACCACGCCCAGCUGGAGAUCCUGCCUGUGCACCAGGUCAGGCUGAGCAGCGUGCCACAGGACACAGUGAGAAUUCAGAAGAGUGACCACCAUCACUGCUGGGACCCCUGUGUACACUACUGCCACGCCCCACAUCCUGGAAAUUGCAAGACACCUGCAUGGACCUCUGCCGGCAACCUCCCCAGCAACAUCCCUGGUAACCAGGACUGCUGCAAGUCCCUGGUUUCCAGCAGCUUCUCUCCAGCCUCUACCAGCGCCUCGGGUCCGACCACCCAGAGCCCCUCCACCCUGCCCCGCCCCCCUCACCCCUCUACCCUGCCCCGCCCCCCGAUCCCCCCCAGCCCCCGUCACGCCCCCGCCAAGAGGAGGCACAAGAAGAAGGAGCACAGGAGCUCAUUGUCUCUGGCCUCCAGUAUUGUGGGUUUGGGGGGGCAGGUGGUGCACCCCGAGACGGCGGAGGUUACCCUGCGGGGGGACCCCCUCAGCGGGUUUGGGCUGGUGCUGCAGGGGGGCGUGUUCGCCACGGAGAGCCUGGCUGCCCCCCCACUGAUCCGCUUCAUUGAGCCGGACAGCCCGGCAGAGAGGUGUGGCCUGCUGCAGGUGGGGGACCGCCUCCUGUCAAUCAACGGAAUCCCCACUGAUGACGGAACCCUGGAGGAGGCCAAUCAGCUGCUGCGGAAUGCCGCUCUCACCAAGAAGGUCACGCUGGAGGUGGAGUUUGAUGUGGCAGAAUCGGUGGUUCCCAGCAGUGGUACAUUCCACGUGAAGCUGCCCAAGAAAAAAGGGGUGGAGCUUGGAAUCGUCAUCAGUGCAAGCAAGAGGAAAGGAGAGGCACUCAUCAUAUCUGACAUCAGAAAAGGGAGCAUAGCUCACAGGACGGGCACGCUGGAGCCGGGGGACCGGCUCUUGGCGAUUGACAGCGUGCGCUUGGAGAGCUGCUCCAUGGAGGACGCAGUGCAGAUCCUACAGCAGACCGAGGACCUGGUCAAACUGAAGAUCCAGAAAGACGAGGACAACUCCGAUGACCCGGAGCUCUCAGGCUGCAUCAUCUACACGGUGGAGCUGAGGAGGUACGGGGGCCCGCUGGGCAUCACCAUCUCUGGCACCGAGGAGCCCUUCGACCCCAUCGUCAUCUCCGGCCUGACCCGCCGGGGCGUGGCCGAGAGGACUGGAGCCAUACACGUGGGCGACUGCAUCCUGGCCAUCAACAGUGUGAGUCUGAAGGGGAAGCCGCUGAGCGAGGCCAUCCACCUGCUGCAGGCGGCCGGGGAGACCGUCACGCUCAGGAUCAAGAAGCAGACUGACAUCUCAGAAAAAGGAGGCAGGAAGUUGCCGGGUCUGUCGUCUGAGCUGAGCGACCGCGAGGAUGAUGUCACGGAGUUCCCCAAAACGGACAAGCUGUCGGACGCCUACUCCACCGUCCCGAGCCUGGACUCCGCCGCCGAGUCCUGGGACAGCUCCGGGAUCGACGCCGGCUACGGCAGUCAGGGAACAAGCAUCCACCAAGCAGCAGGCCUGCCCAUAAAUCAGCAGGACUGGCGCAGCACCAAGCACAGGAUCAGCUCGCCCCCUGCUGGCCAGAAGAAGACCUACCCCCUCAGUGACGGGGGGUUCAGUGAGGAUGAGUGGGAUAAGCCAUCAGGAUGCACCGGCCGGCCGGCCCGGAACUCGCUGGGGCCCGAUCCGGACGACGGGUUCUGGAGCCGAGCGCUGGAGGACCUGGAGACCUGCGGCCAGUCCGAGCUCCUGAGGGAGAUCGAGGCCUCGAUUCUCAGCGGGAGCGUGCUCAGUCUGGGUGUGGAGGGGGACCGGUUGAACCAGGAGCCCGUCGGGCCAGAGAGGGCGGGGCGCAGGUCGGACAGGACCUGGGGGUCCCGCCGGAUCGAGGAGGAGGUGCAGGACAUCACGUCCCCCACGCCCCUGGAGCUGCUGAAGGUGACUGUGCUGAAGGACCCAGACUGUGGUGAUUUUGGGUUCAGUAUAUCAGACGGAUUCCUGGAGAACGGCGUCUACGUCAAUAUGAUUCGCCCUGACGGUCCUGCUGACCGCGCUGGCCUGCAGCCCUACGACCGCAUUCUACAGGUAAAUCACAUUCGAACCCGGGACUUUGACUGCUGCCUGGUCGUGCCCCUCAUCACCGAGUCCGGGAGCAAACUGGAGCUGGUCCUCAGCCGGAAUCCGCUGGUUCAGGCGGUGAUGGGGCAGCCCCUGGACUGCGAGGACCCCUCUGCUACAGGGCACAAUACCAGCACUGUCCACCUCUGACUGGGAGGUCAAGGGUCAAAGGUCACGUCCACUGACUGUGACGCACACUCACCCCAGGACAGUGCACAGGUGUACCCCCCAUUCCCCUCUCACCCCAGGACAGUGCACAGGUGUUCCCCACCAUUCCCCUCUCACCCCAGGACAGUGCACAGGUGGACCCCACCAUUCACCUCUUACCCCAGGACAGUGCACAGGUGUACCCCACCAUUCCCCUCUCACCCCAGGACAGUGCACAGGUGUACCCCACCAUUCCCCUCUCACCCCAGGACAGUGCACAGGUGGACCCCCCAUUCCCCUCUCACCCCAGGACAGUGCACAGGUGUUCCCCACCAUUCACCUCUCACCCCAGGACAGUGCACAGGUGUACCCCACCAUUCCCCUCUCACCCCAGGACAGUGCACAGGUGUACCCCACCAUUCCCCUCUCACCCCAGGACAGUGCACAGGUGUACCCCACCAUUCCCCUCUCACCCCAGGACAGUGCACAGGUGUACGCCACCAUUCACCUCUCACCCCAGGACAGUGCACAGGUGUACGCCAUGGCUUUGUUCAGCUGAACUCCAGAACUCCGGAGCCUGCUGCUGUCCUCUGUCACCUUACUGGAUGCUGUCCAGCUCGUUUUUCACCAUUCUUCUCACGGUUAUACUUCACUUUUCAGUUUUCACACACAGCUCGUUUAGUUCACUGUUUUUCAGUUUUUACACACAGCUUGUUUAGUUCACUGUUUUUCAGUUUUUACACACAGCCCGUUUAGUUCACUGUUUUUCAGUUUUUACGCACAGCACUGGAAAAAAUGUUUUCUCCCCAGAUUGUUAGAUUUUGUCACAGUCUUGCCGUGCGUUAGACGGAUCGGCACGUUGCAUCUUUUCCACCCGUUUCACCCCCCCCCCCCCCCCGCACCAUGCGCCGGUCUGCCGCUCCUCCGCUCAGCUUCAUGCUCCACAAACAUGGUUUGUUUUGGGAUUUCAUUUAUCUAAUUCAUCUCACACGGGCGCCGGGAAACUUACCUGCUCCUUUUUCUCCGGUUUAUUCCGUCCUGCUGGCUUUCUGUACACAGGGGGCAUUGGGUUGGGGUCUGUCCUGCUGGCUUUCUGUACACUGGGGGCGUUGGGUUGGGGUGUGUCCUGCUGGCUUUCUGUACACUGGGGGCGUUGGGUUGGGGUCUGUCCUCCUGGCUUUCUGUACACAGGGGGCGUUGGGUUUGGGGUCUGUCCUCCUGGCUUUCUGUACACUGGGGGCGUUGGGUUGGGGUCCGUCCUGCUGGCUUUCUGUACACUGGGGGCGUUGGGUUGGGGUCUGUCCUGCUGGCUUUCUGUACACUGGGGGCGUUGGGUUGGGGUCUGUCCUCCUGGCUUUCUGUACACUGGGGGCGUUGGGUUGGGGUCCGUCCUGGGCCUGUUGAGGCCUGUUGAGCUAUCAAGCCAGUCAUGUGACUGCUGGGCACAAGUCAAAGGUCAUGGGAAAUUGCUUUCUUUUUUUUUUCUUUUUUUUAAAGAAACCAUUUGGUGUUUUAGUAUGCAGGAGCAAUUAGUUAUUUUUCCCAGAUAUUUGUAACUAUGUUGUAAAAGACAGCAGCAGAUUUUUAAGCCUGAUGUUCUUAAACAUUCUCAGCAGUGUCUCUGGAGCCUGUGCGUUUUCAGAUUUCAUUUUUCUUAGUCUUUUUUUUUUUUUAAAUACAUGUUUUUACUAGUUUUCCUGCCUGGAGCACUUUCACUGACGAUUAUCUUUAGAUUAGUCCCUCGCCGGCCUGUUUAGUUUCUGGCUUCCUGGUUGUAAAGUGCGAGUGGGAUCUAAUUUCAGCUCAGUAGAAAGCGCUCAUUGUUCCUCGAUGUUUUGGAGAGUUUCCGUGGAACAGUCACCUGACUGUGUUUGACGUGUGGACCAGGCCGUGGCCUCCACCCUGUGGGGACCGCCCUUCAUGUUUUCAUAGGAAGGGACUUGCGUAACUGCUCUGAAUUGCUUACAAAUCCGUAGUUUUGGAAAAAACAAACUAGAUCAUUGUUUUAUUUACGUUUUAUUGCCACAUGUCUGCGUGCAGGGCCCCGGCCGUGGAGUAGCGGAGUAUAGAGCUUUAUUUUCCCAGCAUAUUAUACUUUAUGUUAGGGUUCAAUAUUUAACUGUAAAAUGCAUCUAAUGUCACAUGGCAAUGAGAAAGUAGUGUAGUGGGUUUUAUAUGCAAUAUUCGCAGGUGUGAAUCUGCUGUUUUUAAACAAACAUUUUAAGGCUUUCUAUUUCCCUUCUGCAUUUUCCCAUUGUGUGAAUUUUGAUGGACACAUUGUUGUAUUUUUAAAGUUGUGAUAUUACAAAUGUAUUUCCUGUACAGUAUUUUUAUAUUAGUCCAAUGAUGUAAUGGAGAUGGACUCCACAGGCUCAUUGCUGUUGGGUACCCAAGUGGAUGCUUGUGCUUUAUUAAGUUACUAUAACAAUUCUUUUCUUUUUUUAAAGUAAAAUAAUAAAGCAUUUCCUUUU